AUGUCGUACACAAUUGCUGGCCGUCAGAUUCUCAACGAGUACAUCGCUCUCGCCGUUUUGGGCGGGUAUGGUGCGAUCGCCGCUUCGCAGAUGGGCGGAUCCAAGGAUGCCAAGGCUUCUGCCGCUGGCGCUUCGCCGGACGCAAAGGCUGCCAACGACCCACCUAUCAAUGCUUCCAGCUCCGACGAGGAGGCGUUCAUCAAGCAAUUCCUUGCCGAAGCCGAAGGCAAGAGUGAUCGCCUCGUGUAA